GAAGCAGUGCCCUCUUGAAUUCUCAUUGGAUCCUUCUCAGCAGCCUCAAUCAUUCUUGCUGCUGUAUCUUUCAGGAUGACUAGAGCCUUGCUCACUAGUUCUCUCUUUAUCUCUUGUCUUCAACACAUCCUUUUACUUCUCUUUGCAGAUUUAUCUGUAUUUCAACUCCUGUUCUCCGGGGUUACACAGCUUCUCUUUCCCCCCACGGUGUGGGCAUGUACAGUCAGUAAAUUUCACUUUGUCUGCCUAAGGAUCAUUACAAAUAAGCCCCCACCCCCCAAAAUAAAAGGCACCUCUCGCACAUUUUUUUCUUUUCCUUGGAGGUUCAUGGCUUUCUGUGUAACUGGUUUUUAGGUGGUUACAUGCCACCAGGAACUGCUGAUUUUUUCAAAGUUCCACCACCCUGCAGCUCAUCCCUAUUUUGAUUUGGAAGAUCAUGGAAUAUCUGUUUGAAUCCUGGAUAUAUUUUUCUCACAGUCAUCUUGCUUCCUGAAAUGUCCUCUGGUGUUGAGGGAAAGCUAAGAGAAUGAAGGCUCUAAAUUCCCAGUGGAAGCAUGAUAUGGCGGAGCAGAGCUGGUGCUGAAUUGUUCUCUCUGAUGGCUCUAUGGGAGUGGAUAGCCCUGAGUCUUCAUUGCUGGGUUUUAGCGGUUGCUGCAGUUUCGGAUCAGCAUGCCACAAGCCCCUUCGACUGGCUCCUCUCUGAUAAGGGACCCUUCCAUCGCUCACAGGAAUACACAGAUUUUGUGGACAGAAGCCGGCAGGGAUUUAGCACAAGAUACAAGAUAUACAGUAUUUGGUUGGGAGUCAGUGGUGAGAACAGGGAGUUUGGCCGCUGGAAAGUAAAUAACCUUGCCGUUGAGAGAAGAAAUUUCCUGGGCUCCCCUCUCCCUCUUGCUCCUGAAUUCUUCCGCAACAUAAGACUUCUGGGACGCCGACCUACCCUUCAGCAAAUCACAGAAAACCUUAUCAAGAAAUAUGGGACACAUUUCUUGCUAUCUGCUACUUUGGGAGGAGAGGAGUCACUCACAAUUUUUGUGGACAAGCGGAAGCUGAGCAAGAGAUCUGAAGGAAGUGACUCCAGCACCAAUAGCUCGUUGGUCACUCUGGAAACACUACAUCAACUGGCUGCUUCCUAUUUCAUUGACAGGGACAGCACACUUCGGAGACUUCACCACAUUCAAAUUGCAUCCACUGCCAUUAAGGUAACAGAAACACGGACUGGUCCUCUUGGCUGCAGUAACUAUGACAACCUAGAUUCUGUCAGUUCUGUUCUGGUUCAGAGUCCUGAGAAUAAGAUUCAGUUGCAAGGGCUACAAGUCCUCCUUCCAGACUAUCUUCAAGAGCGUUUUGUACAAGCAGCGUUAAGCUACAUUGCUUGCAAUUCUGAGGGAGAGUUUAUCUGCAAGGAAAAUGAUUGCUGGUGUCAUUGUGGUCCCAAAUUUCCAGAAUGCAACUGCCCCUCCAUGGACAUUCAAGCCAUGGAAGAGAAUCUUCUUCGAAUAACUGAGACCUGGAAAGUCUACAACAGUGACUUUGAGGAAUCAGAUGAAUUCAAGUUCUUUAUGAAAAGGCUACCCAUGAAUUAUUUCCUCAACACAUCUACCAUAAUGCAUUUGUGGACAAUGGAUUCUAAUUUUCAGCGCCGCUAUGAACAACUGGAGAACAGCAUGAAGCAACUAUUCCUAAAGGCGCAGAAAAUUGUACACAAGCUCUUUAGCCUUAGCAAGAGGUGUCAUAAACAACCCCUCAUCAGCUUGCCAAGACAAAGAACCUCAACCUACUGGCUCACUCGCAUCCAGUCUUUUCUCUACUGCAACGAGAACGGUCUCCUGGGCAGCUUUUCCGAAGAGACGCACUCGUGCACUUGCCCGAAUGACCAGGUGGUCUGCACCGCGUUCCUGCCUUGCACGGUGGGCGACGCCUCCGCCUGCCUGACCUGCGCCCCUGACAACCGCACCCGCUGUGGCACCUGCAACACGGGCUACAUGCUGAGCCAGGGGCUCUGCAAGCCCGAGGUCGCUGAGUCCACCGAUCACUAUAUUGGCUUUGAGACUGACCUGCAAGACCUCGAGAUGAAAUACCUGCUGCAGAAGACGGACAGACGAAUAGAAGUCCAUGCCAUUUUUAUCAGCAACGACAUGCGCCUCAAUAGCUGGUUUGACCCCUCCUGGCGUAAGCGGAUGCUCCUCACCUUGAAGAGUAACAAGUACAAGUCGAGUCUGGUCCAUAUGAUCUUGGGUCUCUCCUUACAGAUUUGCUUAACUAAAAACAGCACCUUGGAGCCAGUGUUGGCCGUUUACAUCAAUCCCUUCGGAGGCAGCCACUCCGAGAGCUGGUUUAUGCCUGUGAAUGAAAACAGCUUUCCAGACUGGGAGCGGACUAAGCUGGACCUCCCGCUGCAGUGCUAUAACUGGUCGCUGACUCUGGGCAACAAAUGGAAGACAUUUUUUGAGACGGUGCACAUCUACUUGAGGAGUCGCAUCAAGUCCAGCGGCCCCAAUGGCAAUGAGAGCAUUUACUACGAACCUCUGGAGUUUAUUGACCCUUCCCGGAACCUGGGUUAUAUGAAAAUCAAUAACAUUCAAGUGUUUGGUUACAGCAUGCACUUUGACCCUGAAGCAAUUCGGGACUUGAUUUUGCAGCUGGACUACCCCUAUACUCAGGGAUCCCAGGACUCAGCACUUUUGCAACUUCUAGAGAUAAGAGACCGUGUAAAUAAACUCUCCCCACCUGGUCAGCGUCGUCUAGAUCUUUUCUCUUGCUUGCUUCGUCAUAGACUCAAGCUGUCUACCAGCGAGGUGGUGAGGAUCCAAUCUGCUCUGCAGGCGUUUAAUGCCAAAUUGCCAAACACAGUGGAUUAUGACACGACCAAAUUAUGUAGUUAACCAUAAAUGUCAAGCACAACCCAAAAUCUUGAAGGAGUUUUUACAGUGCUUUUGUGGAACAGUUUAUGUUUGGAAGAGUACAUUUAAAUUGUCUUUUCAAUAUCUGUCUUAUAUCAGUCAAUAACAUUGGAUGGCAAUUUACACACAUGAACUUGCUGACAAUGAAUAUAUUAUACUGCAGUUUUGGUUUAUGAAUGAAAUAAAUACUGACACCAGUCUAGAAGACAUUCUACUUUUUACAAUAAAUUUCAUUUGUAAUUUUAUAUGUUCCGUGGCAAUGCUUUUGUGCAUUACAUCCUCUAGAGGGAACAUAAAAAGAUACCAAUAAAAUUUUGUAGCUGAACAGUUAUUAAAAAGAAGUGCUGU